CUCAUGAAAGAUAAACUCAGCAUUAUAACCCAGAAAAAAAAGUGUCAAUCCAUGGAAUAUCAUCACAAAGCUUCACCCAUGGGGGGGAAAAAAUCAGCAGGUAAGGAUUUAGUAAGAAAGCUUGUGGUCACAGUUUUUUGAAACGCAGAUGGUAUUAAUCAUAUGGAUUUCCUUGAACCUGGCACUAUCAUCAACUCAGAUCACUACACUGAAACACUCAAAACUUUGAAACAACAAUUAAGCAGGGUUCCGAAACACAAAAAGGAAAUUUUGUUGCAAAAUACCUCACAAGCCACCCAAGGGGCAAUUGUGAAAUUGGAUCUUGCAGUCUUAACCCCUUCCGCCAUACAGCUUAGACUUGACACCAUGCAAUUUUCACCUGUCCCCCAAAUUGAAGGAAUCCUUUGUGGGCAUCUGUUUGCCUCAAAUCAAGAAGUGGAAAGGACUGUCAGGCCUGGUUGAAGAGACAAAGUGUGAAGUUCUUUGUGGCUGCUUGUCCAUCAUUGGCAGAAGUGUUAAUGGUGGUGUUUAUGUGGAGAAGGAAAUACAGGUGCAACUGAAAUUCAAUGGAGGACUUCACCCGCCUGGGCUACUGCAUUGUGGCUGGCAGCUUCGUAGCCUUCCAGUUCUCCUUCUCGGCCCUCAGCCCCCAGCUGUCCUUGUCAUUGAGCCCCAGCUACUCCAGCCUUCCUUCUGUCAAGCAGAGUGAAUGGAAUUCCAGAUGUGUGUCUACUCUCCACGCAAUGAUAGUCGGCCUCUUCUGCCUCUACAUCCUUUGGUUUGACGAUGCUGUAAAUGCCAACCCCAUCUGGGGAGAUCCUUGGUUGGUCAAACUGAAUGUAGCUGUCACCUGUGGCUACCUGCUCUAUGAUCUGUUGCUGCUAGUGCGCUACUGGAAAACGUUGGGGGAUUCUCUUUUCGUUUGCCACCACUUGGCGGCGCUAUACGCUUAUGGAUACGUAUUGGUUAGUUCCAGUUCUGGCGGGGUGGGCAGGAGGGAGGGCUUUAUUCUUCAUCCUUUUAAAAAAACGGCUGUGCUUCUUCAAACUGCUUCAGUGUAUUCUACUUCUGCAGCUAUCCGUCACCUCAGCACCCUCCAAUCCAACCUCAGUGAGCAAACAUUGCUCCCUCCCAAUCCCCUGAAGGGUGAGACAUUUAAUUUCUGUAUGUCAAUUUAAUGUCACAAACCCCAGACCUGCAAAAAGGAGACCAGAUGCAGAGCAAUACUAAGAAUGAAGAGGCCCAGGUUUGU